AUGCCGGAUAACCCGCCCAAGAACUUGGGCCACCGGCGGGCUCAUUCCGAGAUUCUCACCCUUCCCGACGACAUUAGCUUCGACAGCGAUCUGGGAGUUGUGGGUGCUGGCGCUGAUGGGCCUUCUUUCUCCGAUGAGACUGAAGAGGAUAUACUUUCAGUGUACCUCGACAUGGAGAAGCUGAAUUACUCCUCUGCGACGUCUGGUUUUCAAGCUGGGGAGUCGUCGAACCCUGGAGCAGCUGGCUCUGCAUUGGCAAACUUUCAUGGUGGCUCGGCUGCCAUGUCAGUGGAUGGUGGUGCACCGAGUGAGAGACCGAGAAUUAGGCACCAGCACAGCCAGUCGAUGGAUGGUUCGACCAGUAUCAAGGCUGAGAUGCUCAUGUCUGGUUCCGAGGAUGCUUCUGCUGCCGACGCCAAAAAGGCUAUGUCUCAAGCGAAGCUUGCUGAGCUUGCUCUUAUUGACCCCAAGCGAGCAAAAAGGAUAUGGGCAAAUAGGCAAUCAGCAGCAAGGUCAAAGGAAAGGAAGAUGCGAUACAUUGCUGAGCUCGAGCGAAAAGUGCAGACAUUACAAACGGAGGCAACAUCCUUGUCUGCUCAAUUGACUCUUCUGCAGAGGGAUACAAAUGGCCUAACCUCUGAAAAUAGCGAACUGAAACUUCGGCUGCAGACGAUGGAACAGCAGGUUAAUCUGCAAGAUGCAUUGAAUGAUGCACUGAAAGAGGAAAUCCAGCAUUUGAAGUUACUAACGGGACAAGGCAUGGCCAACGGAGGACAAAUGAUGAACUUCCCUCCUUACGGAGCGAGCCAGCAGCAAUACUACGCCAACAACCAGUCCUCCAUGCAUACCCUUCUAGCCGCCCAGCAAUUCCAGCAGCUCCAAAUUCAGUCUCAGAAGCCGCAGACACAGCCACAGCACCACCAGUUCCAACAGCAUCACCACCUCCAUCAGCAGCUUCAGCAUCAUCAACAGCUACAGCAGGAACAGCACCAGCAGCAAGCCGGGGAUUUGAAGAUGCGAGGUGGAGCAGCGUCUACUAUGGGCUCAUCGGUGCAGAAAGAUAAUAAUGGAGCGGAUCUCCUUAACCCAGAUGGGAAAAAGGAUUGA